GGAUAUUGUAAGUCUUUCGUCUUGUCUCCCUUUCUACUGCGUUGACAGAGCUGCUCUGUAGAUUUUCCCCUCUUCCGGCUCAAGUCUUGGCAUUCACUUCAGGACCCCAUUCCUCACUUCACUGCCUCUCAAGCACCAUGUCAGACUUCGAGCUUCUCGCUGGACAGGACUGUCUUAAGAACGGUGUAGCAUGUACUGUUGGGUUGAACUCGGAGCUGGAGCCACCGUCAACAACCCGCAUGAUGCCAUCGUAAGCGUGAAAGACCUUACCGUCGAGCCUGAUCACCAUCUCUCUAUCAUCUUGCGAACCUCUGAGCACCCUCCUCCUUCCUCCACUCCGCCAACACCGACGGGUCUUGACAGCACCACGACUAGCAACGUUGCUACCUCGCCAAUGCUGGUCACCACCAACAACAACCCUUACGCUUCCACCUCUUCUGGCUUCACCCCUUCCAACACCACCUCCUCCAAACCCACCUCUUCCACAUAUACCACUGUGCCCGCAUCCCUCACGCAACUCAACCUGAAGCAACACACCUCCAACCCACCCUUGCCGCUUACGCAAGGAGUCGUUGACUCUAAGCUUCAGGCUAUCCGCGUGGCAGCUGGCUUCGAGCUCCCAGCGAAAACAGAAACCGAGAUCUUAGCUGAUAUGGCAAACCAGGAGAAGGGUGUGAUGGAGAGAUGGAUGGGGGAGCAGGAGAAUGGGUUUGGAGCGAGGUAGUGGACUCGGGUGUACCUGAUUAAAACAAGCAUGAAGAUAGAGCUACACCAAAAAGGGCUUCGAAAAGACGUAUCAGAGAUAGAACUAAAAGAAACGUUGAU